AUGGGACCAAUAUACAAUAAUUUGGGUGAGAACUGUCGUGAACAGGGUGACUUUGAAAAAGCUCUUGCAUUCUAUGCGAAAGCACUGAACACUUAUCAACUGGACGUUGACGCGUUGGAGUCGAACGAAAUCGGAACUAUUCAUAAUAAUAUUGGUUUAAUAUAUUUAGCACAACAUCGGUAUUCUGAAGCACUUGAAAGUUAUCAAAAAUCAUUGUCUAUUCGCGAUAACAUUCUUCCCGCAAAUCAUCCUGAUAUGAUGAUGACAUACAAUAAUAUUGCUACAGCUUUUUAUGAGCUUGAAGAUUAUGUUAAGGCAACAGAAUUUUACUCGAAAGUGUUGUUUAGUCAACAACAUUCACUUCCCUAUGAUCAUCCUGACUUUGGAAGAACGUAUAAUAAUUUAGGUACAACUUGUCAUAAAGAGGGAAAAUUUAGCGAAGCAAUAGAGUGGUACGAAAAAUCUCUUGAAAAUUUGCUGAAGUUUCUUCCUAACGAUCAUCCUGACAUUGCACGAUACUACAAUAAUAUUGGAACUGUGUACUUAGAUUCUGGUGAAUAUACUCGUGCAGCUGAAUCAUAUAGUAAAGCGCUUGAAAUACGAGAGAAAUUUUUCUUACCAACUCAUCCUGAUUUAGCAAUAACUUAUCACAACUUAGGUUCAACAUACUGCGAAGAAGAUAAAUUUGAAGAAGCAUUAGAAAUGUAUGAAAAAGCCGUAAACAUUUGGAUGAACGAUUUAGCCAAUAAUCAAAAUGCAAUUGCAAACACUUAUUAUGGCAUCUCAUUGUUAUAUAAUCGGUGUGGUAAAUAUGAUAAACAAGUAGAAUUUGUAGACAAAACUCUGAAGAUACAACUUAACUCAAAGCCAUUGGAUUAUGCAAAGAUUACAAGAAUAUAUGACACUUUGGGUGGUGCUUUUAUGAAACAAAAUAAGUUUAAGGAAGCAUUUGAUGCCUAUAAAAACGCUUUAGAUAUUCGAUCAAAUGUUCUUCCCUUGGAUCAUUCUGAUAAGGCAAGAUCUUACAAUCAUCUUGCUCAAGCGUGCAGUGGAUUGGGAAAUAAUCCUGAUGCUAUUCAGUAUUUAGACAAAGCACUAUCUAUACAACUACAAUUACUGCCUUCCAGUAGUGUCGAUUUAUCCGACAUUUACAACACGUUUGGUACCGUCUAUUUUCGAGAGAAAAAAUUUCAAGAAGCCCUAAAUAUCAUUGUAUGA